AAAUUUUAAGAAAAUGUUGGCCUAUAUCUUUGAGACUAUGUUCUCGCUUGUUUAUAAAGUAAGCAUAUAUGGAGGGUUCAUCCUCCUGUUACUGCUGCUUACGCUUUAUUAUUACCAAGACAGGAUGCUUUAUGUGACAAAUAUGCCUUCGCCAGAGAUGAAACUUCCUGAACAGAAUCCAGAAACUUUUAAAUCACCCACUGAACAUGAAAUGGAGUUUGAAGAUGUAUAUGUAACAACGAAGGACCAUAUUAAGUUGCAUGGAUGGUUUAUUAAGACCGAACAAGACCCCAAGAGCAACCCGACAAUAAUAUUCUUCCAUGCUAAUGCAGGAAAUAUUGGGUUUAGACUUCCUAACAUUGUUGGACUUGUAAAGAAAUCUGAAGUCAAUGUGUUGAUCGUUGGAUACAGAGGGUAUGGGCACAGUCAAGGUAAACCCACAGAAGCUGACCUCAAGAUGGACACCCAGUCUGUCUUUGAUUGGGCAUUGGAGCACGAACAGAUUAAUAACGACAAAAUAUAUCUCUUUGGAAGGUCAUUGGGAGGAGCAGUUGCUACAUAUUUAGCCUCUAAAACUCAGGAUAAAAUAAAAGGUCUUAUUUUGGAAAAUACCUUUACAAGUAUCCCAGACAUGGUAGACCAUAUUUUUAAGUACCUCAGUGCUCUCAAAGGACUUAUCUUGAGAAUUGAGUGGAACUCUCUUGAGCUCAUAAAGGAGCUUAAAGUUCCAAUUCUGUUUAUCAGUGGUCAGGCAGAUCAACUUAUUCCUCCAUUCCAAAUGCAGACUUUGUACUCUAAUGCUAAGAAGUCUGUCAAAACAGAAAUGAUGGAAAUAGAGCAUGGGACACAUAAUGAAUCUUGGAUGCAAGCGGGUGAUGUUUACUUCCACAGAAUCAAGGAUUUUUGCCAUGAAAAGUAGUAUGUAG